AUGACGUCGACUACCCCGAUUACCGCCUUCGCUAUGCAUGACUCCAGGACUGGCGACCGGACGCCAUUACACUAUACAAUGAAGACUCCUGCACGACACUCUCCCGGCGGACAGCCUCAUUCUAAUAAUAUUUCACAUUCACGAUCUAAUUCGUAUAACAUCAACCACUCUCACUCUCAGACACUUCGACCAACUAAACAAACAAAAUCCUCGACCCCUCUCGCCUCUCCCCGGAUGCCAUACUCAGUCGGCCAGAAUCAUCCUCCGCCCAAGCUCUCGCCUCGUGUCGUCUCCGACAACAGAUCACCGAGCCCUAAUUAUUUUGGUCUCAUCGUCGAAUCAGCCAAUGAACGUGGUGACUCCUCCUUGGGGCUCCCUAACGAGAAUUGGAGCCCAUCAUCAUCCGUAAAAUCCUUCCAGGCUGCGAUUCCUAAGCAGGUUCCUCUUGAUGCCAAUCCCGAGUUCGAGGCCUUUAAGAGACAGGCUGACUUCAACCGGGGCAAGUCGUUCGCUCUCUCCACCAGUCACUAUGCUCAGCCGUCAGUGACAUCAAAUGGAGUUGCACCUGUGCGCCCUCGACCUCCAAGAUGGCACACCCAUGGAAGUGACACUGGCGGCCCAUCGCCCUUUGGCCGUGGCUUGAGCUCUGCCAAUGUCCGACCAGCCAGCCGAAUGGAUGUCGACCAGGACAGCAUAGGGGACUCGGCCUAUGUUUCCUCAGACUCGAAGCGUAACUCCGAAUCAUCUCUCUACGGCCAUGUUCCAGCUCUUAAUAUGCCCCGAUUUGACUCCCCGCUACCAAUGGACCCUCUGCAGCAAAGAACGAGUCUAACUCGAUCUGAAGAUCGCGACCCUCGGCUAUCUGUAAUGGAGCAUCGCCCCGAUCCUCCUGAUGCUCGAGAUAUGAGACGCUCGGCAACAGUACCAGCAACUCUGGAGCCUGGACAGCCUCACAUGAUCACAGGCCAACAACUACGGGAUAUUCUCCAGAGUGUGAAGCCAGAAAGAUUGCUUAUUCUUGACCUUCGAUCAUCACAGAACUACGCCCAGGCCAGGAUUCAAGGUGCUCUCAACCUUUGCAUACCCACUACACUUCUCAAACGAGCCACCUUCAACAUUCAGAAACUUAAGCAGACUUUCCAGAUUAGCUCUGACUCAGAGAAGUUCUCUACUUGGCAGGACACUGACUACAUCGUUGUUUAUGAUGCUCACGCUUCCGACAAGCGCGAUGCUAUUACCGCUCAGAACAUGAUCAAGAAGUUCACGAGCGAGGGGUAUACUGGUGGCACCUGUAUCCUGAAGGGCGGCUUCAACUCUUUCCAGGAGAACUUCCCCGACCUGGUCGACUACCAAUCAGCAACUGGAUCUCCUGGAAAACCCGGUCCUGGUCACGGAGGAAUUGCACCUGUCAUUGGCGGAGUCAUGCUUCCCAAUGCCAACAACGACGUCAAUCCGUUCUUUUCCAACAUUCGCCAGAACAUGGAUCUCGCAGAUGGUGUUGGUCAAUUGGAUGUAUCACGACCUUCAGCCCUUGACUCACCUUCUCUUCCCCGCUGGCUUCGAGAGGCCGCCGCGAAGCCUGACCACGGAAAGAAGGUUUCGGACAAGUUCUUGCACAUCGAGGUUGAUGAACAGUCUCGAAUGAAGGCGGCAUAUGCGGCUUUCAACCCCCAGAACAAGGAUAAGCGAAGUCAGGUACAGCUCUGUGGUGUUGAGAAGGGAGUCAAGAAUCGAUACAAAGAUAUCUUGCCUUUCGAGCAUGCUCGAGUGAAGUUGCAAGAGAAGCCUGAAGGUUCAUGCGAUUAUAUCAAUGCAAGCCACCUCAAAGCUUCCCGAAGCAACAAGCAGUAUAUCGCCACUCAGGGACCCCUGCCCGCCACUUUCGAGGACUUUUGGUCUGUUAUUUGGCAGCAAGAUGUGCGUGUUGUCGUCAUGUUGACUGCAGAGUCUGAAGGCGGGCAGCUCAAGUGUCAUCCUUACUGGAAGGGCAGAGACUUUGGAGCUAUUAGACUCAAGCUUCUGUCUGAAAAAAAGGUAUCCCUUGACAUCGACAAGCAUAGGUCCGAUCCCCAUCACACGCCAUCGGCUUCGGCCAGCGAACAGGGACGCAAGCGCGCAAACACCACGACAACAUUCGAGUCUUCGACACCUACACCAAGACCAACCCAAGGCCCCACAGAGACGCCCUACGUAAUUGUUCGCAAGUUUGCACUCUCUCAUACCGCUCAUCCUUUUGCGCCCAUUCGAGAGAUUACUCACUUGCACUUCCCAUCAUGGCCUGACUUUGGCACACCUGCACAGCCUUCACACCUGUUGGCGCUGGUUGAGCUGGCCAAUGUCAUGCAGCGUUCUGCUUUGCCUGUUGAGACUUCUUCAGUGGUGGGAGCCAAGAUUACGUCACUUGAGUCACUUCCUAUUACAUGGUACGAUGAGCCCGAGGCCAACUCUCGGGCACGACCAAUGCUGGUACACUGUUCUGCUGGAUGUGGUCGUACUGGAACAUUCUGCACUGUCGACAGUGUUAUUGAUAUGUUGAAGCGUCAGCGACAGGCCAAGAUGGAUUCGGUACGAUCUCGUGAUCAUGACGGAGAUGUCAAUAUGGGCGAGAACGGGGACAUGUCACCCCGCUCUACCAAGCUCUUUAACUUUUUCACCCCUGGUCAGAGAUCCAACAUGGAGAGAAAGGUGGCUCGAGGCGGUGCAAACAUCAACAUCGACUGGUUAUACGACGAUAGCGUGGAUCUUAUCCAGAAGACAGUGGAGGAUUUCCGAGAACAACGACUCAGCAUGGUGCAGAGCCUGCGGCAGUAUGUUCUCUGCUAUGAGACAGUACUCGAAUGGGUAACGAGGAUGAAUGAGCGAGCGUCAAGCGCUCCAAACGGACGACUACGAAGUGGCAGCCUUCGCCACUAA